AUGGCAGACAUUGAAGACACACACUUCGAAACUGGAGACUCUGGAGCCUCAGCAACUUUUCCUAUGCAAUGUUCAGCCCUACGUAAAAACGGUUUUGUUAUGUUGAAAGCUAGACCCUGCAAGAUUGUUGAAAUGUCUACAUCCAAAACUGGUAAACAUGGUCAUGCUAAAGUUCACUUGGUUGGCAUUGAUAUCUUCUCAGGUAAAAAAUAUGAAGAUAUAUGUCCAUCCACGCACAACAUGGACGUGCCACAUGUAAAACGUGAGGACUAUCAAUUGACUGAUAUCUCUGAUGACGGAUACUUGUCUCUCAUGUCUGACAAUGGUGAAUUACGUGAGGAUCUCAAGAUUCCAGAUGGAGAGGUUGGCGCACAACUGAGAUCAGACCAUGAUGCCGGAAAAGAUAUACUCUGUACCGUACUCAAAUCUUGUGGGGAAGAAGUGGUGAUUGCUGUAAAAACAAAUACUGCCUUGGAUAAAUAA